ACGCAACAUAAGCCGCACACUCCACCCCAUUGAGCAGCAGACUACUAGGCUGAGAAGAUGGAAGCACUUCGGCCGUUAUCCAUAACGGCCGCGGCGGCGCUUCUCCGCGCUCCCCCCUUGCCGAUUCCUACCUUCGUUGGUACUGGUAGGGAAGUGGGCGGUAGGCGAGGGAAGAGUGUGAGAGCUGGCGCAGGCGGCGGGGGCUGGCUGUCGGGCCUGCUGGGCCGGAAGGGCGGCGGCGGUGCGCCCAUGGCUAUGACGGUGACACUAGGGACCGUGAAGGCCGGCGAUCCCGUGCUUCACGAGCCGGCACAGGAGGUAUCCCCCGGGGACGUGCCUUCCGAGAAGAUCCAGGACAUCAUCGAUCAGAUGAUCGCUGUCAUGCGCAAAGCUCCUGGCGUUGGCCUCGCCGCCCCACAGAUCGGCGUGCCCUUGAAGAUUAUUGUUCUGGAAGACACCCAAGAAUACAUCAGUUAUGUUUCUAAGGAGGACAUCGAUGCGCAGGACCGCUGCCCCUUUGAUCUUCUUGUUGUUAUCAAUCCCAAGCUUAAGAAGACGAGUAAAAGAACUGCAUGUUUCUACGAAGGAUGUCUCAGUGUCGAUGGAUAUAGGGCGGUUGUUGAGCGUCAUUUGGAUGUUGAGGUUUCCGGUUUGGACCGAAAUGGUCGUCCCAUGAAGGUGGAGGCUUCAGGAUGGCAGGCACGCAUUCUGCAGCAUGAGUGUGAUCACCUUGAGGGCACCUUGUAUGUUGACAAGAUGGUUCCGAGGACAUUCAGGACUGUUGAUAACUUGAAUCUGCCACUUGCCACUGGAUGUCCUCCUCUAGGUGCCUGUUAGCAUUGAUGACAUUCUAGUUUUUCUGUUCCAAGUAUAGGUAAUCGUUCUUAGCUUUUGCAUUUUUUUUGUUCAGUGCAAUAUCAUAAUAUGCUUUUACCCAUUUACUGUAAUGGAUUGGGUAUUCUGUACAUCAUGUGGUGAUACACAUGCAAAUAAUGGCGACCUUGUAAAUCUAGUUGUCAAAUGUCAACCAAUGGUGACACUUUUUGAAUGUAAGAGGAUCGGUACAUGAUUUUUCGAACAAGAAAUUGUCAUUUUAUCUA